UGAAGUAGACAAUCCAGCAAGUUACAUUGAAGUCCACCUUCCAUAAUUAAUCAUCACUUGGAAAUCAUUAAAGAAAUCAUAACCAACGUGCUCCUCCAUAUCGUACGUUCUUGAGAUCUUAACAUUAAUAAAUAAAAACACACUCACUCACUAUACUCCAAUCUACCCCAUCUCAUCACUCUUCAGUUUCUCCAUUUUUGCAAACAAUGUCAUCGACUCAGCUCUCCAAAACUGACUCAGAAGUCAGCAGUCAAACGCCCUCAUCUCCGGCGAGAUCAUCACCGCCACGCCGCCCUGUUUACUAUGUGCAGAGCCCAUCAAGAGACUCUCAUGACGGCGAGAAGACGACCAACUCGUUCCACUCAACUCCGAUUAUUAGUCCGAUGGGCUCUCCGCCUCAUUCUCACUCCAACUCUUCUUUAGGGCCUCACUCUCGGGAGUCUUCUUCCACUCGGUUCUCUGCCUCUCUCAAGCCCAGCCACCACCGCAAGAGCGACCGGAAAGGCGGUGGCGGUGGCCGGAAGACGUGGAAGGAGUUUGAUGCUAUUGAAGAAGAAGGUCUUCUUGAUGGCGAUGUGCCUCCGCAUGUUCUUAUGCGUCGUUAUUAUUUGGUUGCUUUUGUUGGCGGUUUUGCUGUUCUUUUCUCUUUGUUUUCUUUGAUUCUUUGGGGUGCAAGCCGGCCUCAAAAACCUACCGUCACCAUGAAGAGCAUCGUAUUUAAUGAAUUUGCGGUGCAAGCUGGUGCGGAUAACUCAGGAGUAGCGACAGAAAUGGUGUCUAUGAACUGCACAGUGAAGCUUACAUUUCGCAACACUGCUUCAUUCUUUGGGCUACAUGUAACCGCAACACCACUCGAUCUCUCCUACUCUCAACUCACUCUUGCUACUGGAACUAUAAACAAGUUCUAUCAAUCAAGAAAAAGUCAAAGGUUAUUGAAAAUCAUAGUAAAGGGGAGCAAGACUCCACUGUAUGGUGGAGGGGCUAACUUAGGGAGUUCAAAUGGUGCACCGACUCAACCGGUGCCAUUAGCACUUAGCUUCGUGGUUCGAUCAAGGGCUUAUGUAUUAGGCAAUCUGGUGAAGCCCAAAUUUUAUAAGAGAGUGGAGUGCUUUAUGGUGAUGGAUCCCCAUAAAAUGAAUGUCCCUAUUUCUCUCAAGAACAAGUGCACUAUUCUGUAAAACAAAAAAGAAACAAAUUAAGAAGAAAAUUCAAUUAAUUAUAGUUAAUUACUACAUUAUUCAUUGUAUUUUUCAGAUGUAGUUAAUUUAUCUUUUUGAAAAUUAGAAAGUAUCAAAUCUAGUUACUACAUUA